AUUCUGUCAAAGAAAAUGUCAUCUUGACAACAAUACGAAUGUAUGUAAUGGCGAUGUGAUGUUGAAUUUAAUGAGAAAGUUUUAAAACUAAUCAUCACACAGAGUUUCGUCAUUAUAAUCUAAUUAGAUUGUUACAUUUUCUAAUCGUAUUAUUUAAAAGCAAACUUCGCAAUCGAAAUGGCCGUCGAAGCUGUUCAAAUAUUGAGACGAAAUCGACCCGGUUCGAAAGCUAAGGACUUUUGUCGCUGGCCAGAUGAACCAUUUGAAGAAAUGGAUAGCACUCUCGCAGUCCAACAGUUUAUACAACAAACUAUAAGACGCGACCCCUCCAAUCUUGAAGCUAUUCUGAAGAUGCCUGAAGCACAAGAUGAAGGGGUUUGGAAAUACGAACAUUUAAGGCAGUUCUGUAUGGAGCUUAAUGGUUUAGCUGUAAAAUUACAAGCUGAUUGUAAGCCAGAGACCUGUACACAAAUGACUGCUACUGAGCAAUGGAUUUUUCUGUGUGCUGCACAUAAAACUCCAAAAGAAUGCCCAGCUAUUGACUACACAAGACACACCCUCGAUGGGGCUGCUUGCUUGCUCAAUAGCAACAAAUACUUCCCUAGCAGGGUAAGCAUUAAGGAAUCAUCAGUAGCUAAGCUUGGUUCGGUCUGCAGGCGUGUCUACAGAAUAUUUUCUCAUGCCUACUUCCAUCACAGGGCAAUAUUUGAUGCCUUUGAGAAAGAAACUCAUUUGUGCAAGAGAUUCACUUACUUUGUGACUAAAUACUCAAUUAUUUCAAAGGAGAUUCUGAUCCUGCCUAAGCUGGACGAUGAAACACCUGUGGGUGGUGAAUCAGAAGCCUGAGGGUUAAAGAAAUAAUUUAGUUCUUUAUCAGGAACUAAAUUUGAAGACUUUACUGUUUUGUUCACAUUGUUGUGACAAUAACUAAAGUUUUUGUGUGACCCAGUAAUAAGGCCAUGCCUCUAAAAUUCCUGUAUGUGUAGUAUGUACUCUACUGUAUUGUUAUUAUUAUGUACAAUUUAAGUCGUCAAAUCAGUUGUUGUGACCAGAAAAUAUCUUAACAUUAGAUGUUGAUAAUAUUAUGCAAUCUGCAAUAAUCAAGCUUAUGUUUUAAAACUGUACUUUUUUCAUUAUUCAGCAUUAUAUAGAAAUUAAAAGUUGGAGUUCUUGUGUUUCAAUCAUAUUAUGUUAGUAUUAAGUACAGUUAUAGAGUACAGAAUAACAUCAAUAUUAACUGUAUUGAAAUCAAGAUGUAAGUGAUAUGGUGUUUGUAAUCUUUGCAUUUAUGGCUAAUUUUGUAUAGAUGAUUAAAAGUAUAAACCUAUUUUAAAUACAUAGUGUAGUAAUUAGUAUCCCAAUACAUGUAUUUAUAUCUAGAUCAUGAUCACUAACUGCUACAAAAAUGCUCUCAAAUAUUAGGAUGUUUAAUAUUUCAUGUGUCAAGUAUUUACAUGUAUGUUAUUUAUAAAUAGUCAUAAGAAAAAUUGUGAGUUCAUUGUAAUCUCCAACUCCUUUAAUAACUAUGCACAAUAAAACAAAUUAUAAAAUCUA